AUGAGUGAACAAAUGGAUGCAAGUAAUAAUGAUACUCCUACUAUCAGUCAAAAUUCACAGACAACUACAAAUUCGAAACUUAAAUUAACAAUUAAAACUCCAAAAGAUAAAAAGGAUAUAUCAAUUGAUGCAUCGUCAACUGUUAAAGAGUUCAAAGAUCAAGUCGCCAAAGAAUUUAACUCGUCGGUUGAUCAAAUUUGUCUGAUUUAUUCUGGUAAAAUUCUAAAGGAUGAUGAAGAUCUUAAAAAGCAUGAUAUAAAAGAUGGUGUAACUAUUCAUUUAGUUAUUCGAGCACCAAAAUCGGAUACAAAUUCAAAUACAGCCGCUAGCUCAACACCUCCUCGAGUUCAACCCGAACCUACUACGCGUACAGUUCCAACUCAACAACCAAAUCCAGUUGGCAAUUUUCCAUUCGGUCUUGGUGGUAUGCCAGGUAUGGAUACUUUAAAUUUUGGUGAUAUGCAACAACAACUUCAACAACAAGUAAUUCAAUAG